UGCUCAGAGUUGCCACAUUCUAUGAUGAUUUUAUGCACCAAAAAGUUCAAAUCUACAAUAUGAGCACGGAUUCGUGGAGAGAAACCGUGGCUGUGGUGCCCAAAGAUAUGCUAUUCUAUUCUCAGCCUAAUCGUUUGACAUAGUUGGACGGGGUGUUCUAAUGGAUGGCCAAGGAUCCUCAUGGUCGGUUUAAAAUUAUUGGUUUCCACAUGUUCGACGAAUUUUUCAAACAAGUAUUUUUACCUGAGGAUGAUAUUUGGAUUACGUAUAUGUCUACCGUUUUCGUUCUGAGGGACUCCGUUGCCCUUGUUGCUUCGAAGUGUGGCGAACUAUGGGAAAGGGAUGGAAAAAGGGUUAAGGAUCCUUGGGUUAAAAAGUACAGUAUUAUUCCCACUUUACUACGACGUUAUGCAUUGGGAUUUCGGGAGAAUGGCGAGCUUUUUCAUUUGAGGGACAAAGAUCACCGGUUGGUGUCCUACAACCUUGAUACCCAAGAAAUAGAAGAGUUUCAUGACGCAUACGAUGAUCCGAGAUCAAUUGACUUUCAAGUUCUUUUCUACACAGAGAACUUAGUUUCGAUUAUUGAUUACAACUCGAGUACCGAUUCUUGGAGAGUAGUCCACAUCGCUGUGCCCAAAGAUGUGUACUUGGGCCUCACCACAAUUUUUGCGCUUGGUUGAAUGGAAUUUUCUACUGGUAGGCUCCAGAUUCAGGAUGUACUAAUUAACGGGUCAAUUGUUGUGUUUCGCAUGAGCGAUGAGGUGCUUGACGUAAUACCCAUACCGACAUUGAUUAUUGUCCGACAUACUCUGUUUCUUGGUUUGUUUUUGUACCGAGCUUGGGCAAACCGGCGUUAAGGAGUCUUGGACAAAAAAUGCAGUAUAUAUAAUGGCCGUUCUUUGAAGGAGAUCAUGACAGAUUUAGGAUUUCAGUGAAAUGGCGAGUUUGUUCUUGGGAGAUGUGGAGUACCAUUACUAAAUGGCGAGUUUCUUGUUUACCGCAGAAAAGGAGAAUGGCGAUUUUCUGCUUGAGAGAUGUAGAGAUAGGUAGGUGUAUUUUGUAUUUUUAGUAUGAAAUUGUUACUCGGGACGUUAAGGAUAUCAAGUACCAGACAUGCUGUUAUGGGGAGUUGCAUUGUCCGUGGUUAA